UGCACGGUCCUGUUCUCGACCGCGCAUGCGCACACAUCGCGGCCAUGGUCACAGCACUGCUUGGUUAGGCGAUCCAUUUCUUUCCGGUUUCAGUCGAGUAGUAGGUCGGUUCUCUUCUCUCCGAGUUCCACCAGCAAUAAAAAAUGACGUCCAAAGUAUCGCGUGAUACAUUGUACGAAUGCGUGAAUUCAGUUAUUCAAAACUCACAAGAUAAAAAAAGGAAAUUCUUAGAAACUGUGGAACUCCAAAUCGGUUUGAAGAAUUAUGACCCACAAAAGGACAAACGUUUCUCAGGCACUGUCAAAUUAAAAAAUAUACCAAGACCAAAGAUGCAAGUUUGUGUUCUGGGUGAUCAGCAACAUUGCGAUGAAGCUAAGGCUAAUAAUAUUCCAUAUAUGGAUGCAGAGGCAUUGAAAAAAUUGAACAAGAACAAAAAACUUGUUAAAAAAUUAGCUAAAAAGUACGAUGCUUUCUUGGCUAGCGAGUCCUUAAUCAAACAAAUUCCGCGUAUUCUUGGUCCUGGUCUUAACAAGGCUGGUAAAUUCCCUGGUCUUCUGUCGCAUCAGGAAUCAAUGGUUGGAAAGAUCGAUGAAGUAAAAGCCACGAUCAAGUUUCAAAUGAAAAAGGUAUUGUGUCUAUCGGUAGCGGUAGGACACGUGGAAAUGACUCCAGACGAAUUGGUACAGAACGUACAUCUGUCGAUCAAUUUUUUGGUUUCAUUGUUAAAGAAACAUUGGCAGAAUGUGCGUUCGCUUCACAUCAAAUCUUCUAUGGGACCUCCUCAGAGACUAUACUAAAUGAAUUGGUAUAGACGCUUUUGGAUGUAUAUUGAACAAAUAAAAGAAGAAUUGAAAAUUAAUAAA